AUGUCGACAUUUAAGGGUGUCAUCGAUGAGUUCCCCGACAUCCAAGUCGACUUCUUCCGCGCGAGACCAAAUCGACGUCUUCCUUUGAGAUGCUUCCUCAGCCAUGUGCACAGCGACCAUCUUGAUGGACUCCUGUCUUUUAAAUCGCCAUUCAUUCACUGCUCACCAGCUACGAAAGAGAUCCUCCUCCGUUUAGAACGCAAGAAGCAGAGGUCGAUGUUCGCAAGUGGAAUUACCGAGGCCCGAGAGAAGCAGUAUAAGCACUUGAAAGACCUCUUGAAACCAAUUCCUCUGGAAACUCCCACCAAAAUCGAGCUUACUCCCGGCAAUGAGAUUCAGAUCACUCUAUUUGACGCUAAUCAUUGUGUUGGGGCAGUUAUGUUCUUGUUCGAGGGCAACGGUAAAGCAGUCCUGUAUACCGGCGAUAUCCGUUCAGAGCCAUGGUUCAUCAACAAUCUUACUCGCAAUCCUUUCAUGGUUGAAUACUCUACAGGCCUCAAAUCUCUCGACUGCAUCUAUCUGGACACAAGCAAUACCAAAAGGAUUGAUUUUCCUACGAAAGCCGAGGGCUUGAAGGAACUUCUGCAAAAGAUCUCGAAGUAUCCUAAGGAAACGGUCUUUCACUUUUCAUCUUGGACUUUCGGGUACGAGGAAGUCUGGAUGGCGCUUUCCAAAGCCUUGAACUCACCUGCAAAUGCUAAACUACGACAGAUUCAUGCCGAUUCGUACAAGUACAGAUUGUAUGAAUCUCUCUGUGGUAAUGCGGCUCCCUCAACCAAGAGCCAAUCAGUCCAAGAGAAGUCAGUCAAAUACAACCUUCCCGCCAUUGCAAGUGAAGGUCCUGUCCUUAUCGGCUACAAUUGUGGCAAUACGAUUGUGUCGGGAUGUCUCACCAAGGACCCAAACGUUCGACUACACACGUGUGAAAAAGGUACAUGUCAAAGCAUUGAUAGCAACGAGAAUGUAGUCUGGAUUCGACCUAUCGUCACCAGAACCAAAGAUGGUGCUGAGCUGGCAGAGAUUGGCAUCGGCGGAGGCGGAGAAGAUUUGACCCAGAGUCUAGAAUUGGCGGUCGAUGAAGAUGAUUUCGAACAGACCAUAAAGAUGCUCGACGCUGCCAAAGAUCCUCACAUGACGGACGUCAAGCAAAUCCUCGUCGCUGGCUGGCGACUGGAACGCAAAUUUCUAGUCCUCAAUGGCACUGGAUUGGACGCUGAGGAAGACUCAUGGACUCUCACAAAAAUUGUGACAGCACUACUACAGUUGGUCAGAGAGCCAAGAGGUCUCAGCAAGGCGCGGAGUACCGAGAGCCAAGGAUCGAGCAAUGAGUUACCUAAGGUCAUCACUUUCCCAUAUUCUCGUCACUCAUCAUAUGAUGAGCUCUGUGACUUAGUCAGAGCGCUGAAGCCGCGGGACGUGUACCCUUGUACAGUGGAUGAACAACACUGGGAUGAAGCCAAUCUCAGUAUCAGUAACCUAUUCGGCCGUUUGUGUUCAAGUCGAAACUUUCGCCACGAGAAAGAGAUGGAUCAAUGGCGUGCUAAUCGAGUCGAAAAUCUUGCUAGUCAGCAAACACACACUACAACGACAUCCCAAUCUUCUCAAUUUGUCACCAGCAGCCCAGAGCCUAUUCGAACUAUCCAAAAUGGAACUCAACCAGAAUAUAGACUGCAAGAAAACCCUUUUGCUCAAGUGGGAUUUGUUCACAGGGAAGGUAAUGAAAACCUUUAUUGGUUCGAAAACAUGGCAACAUCGCCGUCCCAAAUCCUUGCUAUAUCUCCAAAUGGAGAAUCGCAGGGACUACGACGAAAAGCCAUUGGCGAGCAGCUUGAAGGUAGUGAAGUGAAACGUGUCCGUCGGAGUUACGAUGGCUCUGAUUCCUCGCCAGAAGCUAGUGCGGAAGAUGAUAAUGUGCCAACGCCCGAAAGCUGUUUCGACGAAGAAGACUCAACCUCAAGUCUCGAGAGACUCUCCUAUGUCGAAGAGCCUGAACAUCUAUACGACAAAUUCGAUGUCGCAGAUGAAGUUUGGAGAUGUAGGAGUUGCGAUCACGAGGUUUUGGGAGGGCCCGGAGGAUUCUGCACUGGCAAGGACUGCACAGAAUCAGAGGCGCGGUCUGCUUCCCACUACAUGGAAGUGUUGGAUCCGGAAGCUCCGCCAUUGCCAGAAAUCGCACGCAAUGAGGAUGCAAACCAACUCCUCGAGGGGGACAGACUGAAAGAAGUUGUUGGAUCAUGCUUGGACUACGACUCUUCAGCAUAUGAUUCUUAUGAUUCGGAGAAACACUUCAGUGAAGAAUACGACCAAAACAGCUUCAUUGAUGAUGCUGAAUCCGAAGAAGACGAAGGCAGAGAACGUUCACGAAAAGACGAUUCUUCUGGUGACGAUGGACCAGAUUACGAAAAUAUGUUCAACCAACUGCAAGCCCAACAUACCAAACUGAUUAACGACUUUUCCGAGCUUGAUAAUUCAUUCAGGGAUUUCAGAAGAGAUGUUGGUGUGUUCAGUUCCGAUGACGAUGACGAUGAAUUGGACGAGGAAGUAGACGAUGAAGGCCUUUACGUGGUGGACGUAAGAGUUCCGGAUCCGGUGACGACGGACAUUGUAGUGUUUCACGCUCAAGAACAGUCACAAGAGUCUGAGGAUCUAGCGGUAAUUGGACCGACGUCGAAAUGAUGUCAACCACUGGAAAUCA